AUGAAAGAGAAGGGAGAAGUGCAGCAACACAGGAAGCGUCAGAACAUGCCCAUAUUUGGCCAGUGUCCCGCACAGGACGACUUCUACCUAGUGAUGUGCAGCCACUGCGGACAGGUAGUCAAGCCUCAAGCCUUCCAAGCACACUAUGAGAGAAGACACAGUUCGGCCAUCAAGCCAGCCUCCACCUCGCCCUUCCCCGUGCCGGGCAGGAACCGGAGCAGCGGCAGCGGGCCUGGCCUGGGCUCGGGGUCUGUAGCUGGAGUGGCGAGUGGAGGCAUCCUUGGCCGACCUUCCACCGCUGGAGCCAGCUUAUCCUCCUCCUCAACGUCCUCCUCCAAUCCCAAACUCCUCAAACCAGCCAAAGAGAAGCUGCCAGGCAUUCAGCGAAGACCCCCCUUUGCACCCUUCAGGAUGCUCCAGCCGGAAAAGAUGUGAGUUCCACUGUGUGACAUUUGCAGCAUUGUGUGUUUGUAGGUUUGUGCAAUAUGGCAAGACUACGGCUGAAGGAUUUAU